AUAUCAUUUUUUAUAUCAUUUUUUAAAAAAGAAAAAUGUCUACUAUGAGAACCUGGGUGUCAGUUGAUAUUAAAAAAGUACAACCGGAGGCAGUGGCGACGGCGGCAGUGAGAGGAUGAACAAGUUCGACUCAUUGAAAGAUGAUGACAGUGGGGACCAUGAUCAGAAUGAAGAAAACAGCACACAGAAAGAUGGUGAGAAGGAAAAAACGGAACAAGACCAAAGUCAGGGCAGCAGUAAGAGGAAGGCUGUUCAGUUCUGGAGGUUUUAUAGCCACAUGGUAUGUCCCGGGGACCUGACAGGCCACAGUGACUUCCAUCUCUUCAAAGAAGGAAUUAAGCCCACGUGGGAGGAUGAUGCAAAUAAAAAUGGUGGCAAGGGGAUUAUUCCACUGCGGAAGGGCUUGGCAUCCCAUUGCUUGGAGAAUAUUAUCCUGACCAUGUUGGAGGAACAGUUCAUGGUUGGGGAGGAGAUCUGUGGGGCUGUGGUCUCUGUCCUGUUGCAGGAGGACAUUAUUUCAAUAUGGAAUAAGACUGCCAGUGACCAAGCAACUACAGCCCACCUCUGGGAUAUGCUUCAGCGAGUGCUUCACCUACCUCCCAACACCAUUAUGGAGUACAAACCCCACACCGACAGCAUCAAAAUGCCAGGCAGGCUGGGCCCCCAAAGGCUCCUUUUUCAAAACUUCUGGAAGCCGAGGUUGAAUGUGCCAUGACCCUCUCCCUCUCUGGAUGGCACCAUCAUUGAAGCUGGCAUCAUCGGAGUCUCUUGUUCUUUUGGCGUGCUACCUAGAAGAUCCUUCUGUCCUGGACAAGAGGAAUUG